GACGCGGCGGCGGCGCGCGUGGGCGUACACGGAGUGCGCGGUGGCGGCGGCGGCUGCAUGUGCGGGCGCGAGACUGGGCGGGCGGCGCGGGAGCCGAGUGGGGCGGCACGGCCGGAGCUUGCGAGCAGGCUGCCUGAUUUCCAAGCCGAAGCAAGAGGAAUGAAUGCAACACGGAGGGUGGCUGCAGCUGCACAGGCUUCGCUCUCCGUUGGAAUUUAUGGAGGUGCUGAGGAGCAGCUCUGAGCUCCGCAGCUCCUGGCAACCCGCCCCAUAAAGCAGUGCCCAGCCACCUCUCCUCGUCUCACCCAGCAUCCCGACCCUCCAACUCAACCAUUCAAGGCUCCCGUGCAUGGAUCGCCCCAGCGAGGGACCGCUGCCGGACGCCGCCGACGCAGCCCCGUAGGCUCCCGGCCCCUCGUGCCGCCCCCAAGUACUCCACAUACCCUGAUGGGGUAACGUGACGGGGGUCACCCUCCCGCCACCGCCACCCCACCAUAUGCAGAGGCCUUUCUAGAGCGCCAGGGAGCGCGCGGCACUGGAGGCGGCAGCCGCUCGCCAUCGCACACACACCAAGGACGCCGACACUACAGCAAAGGGAUUUUUUUUUAAUUAUUAUUAUUAUUAUUAUUAUCAUUAUUUUUUUUUCCCAUCUGGCUUUUUCCCUGGAGGGCUUGCAGUGUGUCAAGGAAGCCAGCGCGCUCCCAGGAGCUGGGAUUAUUUGCACAACGUCUGUAUAUUGAGUUCUCGAUCCUGUUUUAUUUUCAAGUGCAUAGGGGUGGUUGGGGUUUUUUUUCACCCUCCACACCACACUUUUCUUGGUUUUUUUCCCCACCACUGUCAGCACCACCUCACCCUUCUGCCAUCCCACCAUGGCUCGGAUGAACCGCCCUGCGCCGGUGGAGGUCUGCUACAAAAACAUGAGGUUCCUUAUUACCCACAACCCCACCAACGCCACGCUCAGCACCUUCUUGGAGGAUCUGAAGAAAUAUGGUGCCACCACGGUUGUGCGAGUGUGCGAAGUGACCUAUGACAAGACCCCCCUGGAGAAGGACGGCAUCACCGUCAUGGAUUGGCCAUUUGAUGAUGGAGCACCUCCUCCCAGCAAGAUAGUGGAAGAUUGGCUCAACUUGUUGAAGACCAAGUUCUGCGAAGACCCUGGCUGCUGCGUGGCCGUGCACUGCGUGGCUGGCCUGGGGCGCGCUCCCGUCCUUGUUGCACUAGCCUUGAUUGAGAGUGGGAUGAAGUAUGAAGAUGCCAUCCAGUUCAUCCGACAGAAGCGUAGAGGAGCUAUCAACAGCAAGCAGCUGACGUACUUGGAAAAAUACCGACCAAAGCAGAGACUCCGAUUUAAGGACCCUCAUAACCACAAGAACAAAUGCUGCAUCAUGUAACCUCAAUGACCUCUUGCCAAAAUCUGUGCACACAGACACCCGGGCACUCACAAGCAUCCCACCCCCUCACCUCCUCACCCAGCCCCAUGCACCCCACUUGCCGCCCCACUGACAGGGCUGGGGUGGGGGUACAUGGAGCUCCACCAACUUGUUCCAGCAUCCACAGCACGAUCGUCUUGCUAGACCCCUGAAAAAGGCUGCUCUCUCCAGCUACAGUCCCAAAGAGGGAAGGCAGCACUGCCCUUUGAUUCUUGGCAUUAGUAGGCAGUGAGCUCACGUGAUGCUUCUUCGUCACCUUCCUCCUUCACCUCCUCCCUUUCCCCUCCCUUUGCACUGAGAGGGAUGGGCAGAGGGUGCUUUUUCUGGGGUGAUGCAGACAGGGCUGUGCCAGCUAAGAAGGGAUGGGGAGCAGAAAGGCCACAGCACUCCCAGAAAAACCCUUUCCCACCUCUUCCCUAUAAAUAAGGGCUGCAGCAGUGGGGGCAGAGGUGGGGUUGGUGCAGUGGUCUCAGGGGGUAAGAUGGUGAUAGCAGGGAGAGGUGAAGGAGGCUCACCUUGUGGCCAAAGGAAUGGUUGACCUAAGUCCCCCCAGGACCAUUCCCUUUCUCCUGCCCCCUCUGCCACUUCACCAUCUCCCCACUGCCUUCAUGCCACUUGGGAUGCUGCAGAUGGGUCUUGUUGGGGGCUUGCUGCAGCGAAAGCAGUGGCACUGGGAAACUCCAGAACCGUGGUGGGGCUUUGAGGCACCCAGCUUUGCCAGGGUGCAGGAUCAGCACUGGGUCUCCCAAAGCAUGGGGUGCUCUUACUUAUACCUUCCAAAUUCAAUGCACAGGGUGGUGGGUUCUCUCCUGUGGUGUCCCCAUCACUGAGCCACGGCACAAUCCCCAGUUCUAGCUGUGAUGCCAUGGGGACACAGUGUGUAUCUUGGGGCACAUCCAUGUCCCUCAGUGAUGUGUUUGCUGUCCAAGGGCCUGGGCUGCAGCUUUCCUAGGGGACUUUGAGUGCUCCUGGCAGGAGCACACACCAAACUUUGCACCUGCCUUUCCCACACCCAGUGGCAUCUGUAAUGUGACGCCUGGCACCCCAAAUCCCCAGUGCGUGCCCUGGUAGAGUGGAUUCAGAGCUGCCCCUGAGCCGGGACAUUAAACAUCUCUCAACUUUCUGCCUUUGAACACUUGCAGCAGCUGGGGCGAUGGGCAUGUAGGGGGCAUGGGAGUGUUUUUUCUUUUGAAGAGUAUAAGAAGAAAUUUGCUAAUUAAAGAAAAAAAAACUUAAAAAAAAAUCUGUUUGUCUUCUGCACGUCCUCUGACCUUUGUUUCUCCCAUCACUGCCUGGUGGAGCCCAGGAGGUGACCCAUAGCCCCCCACACUGAUCCCUAACACCACGUCACAGCCAGCUGCCAUCUGCUGUCACUGGGACAUGUGUGUGACCAAAAGGAUGCUCUGGAUAGCCUUUGGCCUCGCUGCUGCUCGCCCCAUCAGCUGCAGAGGAUCACAGAUGUUGGGGCAAUGAGGGCUAGUCGUCUAGCGUCUUGUGGUUCUAGGCUACCCAACUUGAGGUGCCUUCAGUGUCCUGUGUUGGGAAUGUCCAAAGGUUUGUGUGCCUUCCAAAACAUAGUAUCCAGAGACAUUUGCUUUAGAGGGUUCACCUCUUGGGACAAGUGGUAAGGAAGGCUGGUUAGACACUUCCGGUACCUGCAGAAGGGUAGGAGAUGGCUUCUUGUCUCCAUGUGUGGGCAGAGGAGGAGGUCAGAUCCGUUUUCGGAGCCACUGCACGUCAGGGAUGGCCAUCCCAUGGGAUGGAGCAUGGUGCUGAGCAAGGUGGAGACCCUCUACACAUGGCCCUGGGGUGGUCAACCACACACCUCAGGCCUGUCCAAGCCACCGCAUUCUGGGACAGCCGUUGGUCCCUUAAGUUUCUCCUGCCGCCUUUCAGGCUGUUGGUUCCUAUGCCUUAUGGGGAGGGUGGCAGUGGUUGAAGAGUCUGCAUUGCUUGGGAAGGGUGAGAAACUGGGCUGGUAGAAAGGCCUGAUCCUGUAUUGCAGCAGUCCCACUCAGUGGGUCACCAUCCUCUUGCUGCCCCGUUGUGUCCUCCUGCUGCUAAAACAGGUGCUGCUUCAUCCCCAGGGGUGUUAGAAGGUGGCUCAGCAUUGUGACGAGGGCAAUCCCUUUUAGCUAGGGAACCUCAUGGUCUCAUGUCACAGCAGGCUGUGCUGUGACUUGCAAAGAGUUUAGGAUAAAGCAGUGGGAACCAUCGCUUUGCAAGCUUGGAGAUCUUUGUGCCCUGGCAAGAGGAGGAGAAACGUUUUCCUCACCCACAGUCACGGGAGCAUCACAAGGCAGAUUGCCCAGGGCAAGUAGUCCAUGGCUUCAGCCAAGAUGCUUUUGAGUAGGGGUUGAGGUGAGGACAGAGGAACUUGAAUUCAGCCUCCUUUGGCCACAGGAACUCUCCACCUUCUCUGUGCAGGGUUUGAUGGUGAAAGUGUUCGGUGCUGAGCUCUGGUGAGAGUACACUUAAAUCUUAGCUUCGUGGGCUUGGUUUUAGGGGAACACGGAGCAGGAACAAGCUUUGCAGUGCUCCUUCGCUUUAUGUAGCAUCUACCCAACCACCUUAAAAACAAGAGAGCUUCUAGUGUAAGAGCAGUCCUUGUCCUAUGUGAUCAAAUCCUGAGCACCUCUGGCUGGCAGAGCAGCAUCUUGAUGCUCUUCAGUUUUGUGAACCACUGCAACAGAGAACCAAAAUUCUGCUGCUCUAAUUGUCCUAUUUUGUUUUCUUUUUUCUUUUUGAAUGGAUGUCUCCCCCCUGCCCUGGCACUUGCUGGCACUUCCCAUAUGCUGCCCCAUGGAGAGGACAUCUCAGCAGCCCAGGAGCUGCUGUUCUUGCAUGGAGGGCUUGAAUCCACUCCAAAGCUUCUCCAGAUUGGAUUGCCAAAUAUUAGGGAGUUUCUCGAUAUGGAUUUGGGCUUCUACCACUGAGAUACCAGCUCCUUUAUGUUUCAGCUUAGAGAGCAUUACAGAAACAUAACGGGGGGGGGGGGCGGUCUUCCAACCAUUUUUGGGGUUAGAAAUCGCAAAAAAAAAGAGCCCAGAUCCCUCACAAAAAUAUUGGAACAGUUAGGGAAGAGGGAAGGUUGAAGCUCGGUAUACACAUAGCAGUAGACCAAGGCCUAAGUGGCAAAGAGGUCAUGGCUUAGUCUGGUUUGAGGGUCACAUUUCACCUCAGAUGCCAAGAUCUUGAAAGGAGAGCCUUAAAAAUCUAUUUGCUGAUUCUGUUAUUACCGCAUUUGUCUCCAUUGGGUCUUGGCAGAUGUCACAGGGAACAGACACCCCCAUGGCUUUGGCUACAAACCAACCACCUUAUCCUGCCCUUUUCUGCAGAAGCAAACGCACAAACUCGGUUUUAUACCUCAUCACCCCUAUCCACCUCCCUUCCCCAUCCAUGGAAACCCUCCAUCCUUCCAUAGUUUGCAGAGGCAGGGCUCCAAACUGGAACCAAGAGCUUUGGAGACCCAAGGGAUGGCAAAGCAAGGAUGUCCUAAUUAUCAAACCAAGAGCUUGUAGGCUUUGCCCAGGAAUCAAUCAUGAACCUCACGUUGGGGAAUAAAUCUGAGUAGGAAUUCCUGGUUGUGUUCCCUCACCAGUGGCACACGUGUGCCCUUAUCUGCAUUUUGGAUAAAAGGCUUAUUUGUCCCUCCUGUUCUCCAUAUUUGCCAGUGGGAUGGAGCGUGUGGCGGAGGCAGUGAUAGGAAGGAAGGCAGCAGAGCCAUCACAAAUGGCCAGCUAUUUAUUUAAGAAUAGCCUGGUGAUGCAUAUUUAAAGGCUUUGCAUUUAUAAAUUCAUACCGUUGAGUCUUACAGUAAGGCUGACACUUGGUGCUUGGGCUGAGAGCUUUGGAUGAGGAGGUUUAUGAGUACCAGAUUUCCCGAGGAUGCAGAGAGUCUUGCUCUAUCUAUAAUAGAACAAGUCGUUUUCUCUUUUUUUAUUUUUUUCUUUCAUUGGGUUUGUUUGUUUUUUAUUAGUCCCAGUGGGAAAGCGCACAGGGAGAUUCGUGACUUCCAUGCAGUUUCCAGGGUCUUAUAUCUCAUUUGCUUCCAGCAGGCUGGGUAGGUACAGUUCGGUGGGUGGAUUUGGAUGGGAUAUUGUCUGGUGGGAGAAAAAUGCGGUUGGUUUCUUUGCACAGUGGGGGGUCACGGGCCGGCUGUGGUCCUACUUGCAGGCUGUAGCAGACAUUCCCGGGGAGGGGGUUGUUCCACCAUGCUCAGCUUCCCUUUAGAUGAUGAUCUCCCAGUGAACUCUCGACUUCCCUGCUGUUUCUUUCUGUGCAACAAAGAACUGCAUAUUUUCCUUUUUAACUCCGUUGUAGCAUGUAGAUUAAGCCCAGAUGACAUUUUUUGUUUUGGGGUUUUUUUUGGUCUGAGCCAUAGCUAAAUUAUGAUACCCAAUGCUUUUUGUAUCAGACAGCAUCACUUUGAAUAUGCAGAUGAGGUAUAGGAUCUUGACACUUUAUAACCUUUUUAAAAAGAAACUUGCCUGUUUACUUACGUCUUGUGUAAAAAAAAAAAAAAGGAAAAACAAUGUAUGCCUUUUAGUAAUCACUUUUUUUUUUUUUUGAGUUUUAUGGAAUUACAGUGGUUUCACUCCAGCAGCAAAAUAAAAAGCGUU